AUGGAUUUGACCAUAUCACCGAGCAUAAACAUUACUGACAUUGAACAUUUUGGCAAACGUUAUAAUGUGUAUCGUGGUGAUCGGACGGAACUCACAAGUGAUAGAAUUGAUGGUGGAGGAGUGCUGAUUGCUGUUGAAUGCCAAUUUAACAGUGAAAGGCUGAUUCUAUCGGAGCGCAGCGGACUUGAGCACGUAUGUGUAAAAAUUUCGUUCGAUUCGUGCAAUAUUUAUGUAUUUGCUGUGUACAUUCGGUCGGUACAUGAAACCGCAAAAUUCUUGGAAUUUGCUGAGAUCGUCAAGCUGAUUCCAUACAAUGAACAUGACAUUGUAAUUGUAUGUGGUGAUUUUAAUCAGCCAGGUGUCAAAUGGGUCAAAGCCGAUGACGGUGAAUAUUAUUUGCCAAUUAAUGUGUCGACAGAAGGUGGCAUUGCUGUUUUUGACACAAUGUUCGACUGUGGAUUCCAACAACUGUCAAAUAUCGUGAAUCCAGCCGGCAAUGUUUUGGAUCUUGUAUUCACAAACAGGUUCUACGAAAUGUCGUUGAUUGAAUCGACAAGGCCAUUGGUAAAAUCGGACAUUUGGCACAAAGCACUCGAAAUGGAAGUGACAAUUGAUGAAAAUGAGAUCACAUCACCGCAGUUUUCACAAAUUUAUGCGUAUAACUCGGCCGAUUUCGAUGCGAUGAAUUCAUUCUUCGUUGGAAAUCACAUUUUGUCAGAAAUUAAUCGAAUAGAUGACCUCGAGAAUGCAUUUCACAUUUUUGGAAAUGUUCUACACGAGGCGAUCGAUUCAUUUGUCCCGAGGAUAACCGUUCAAAGUGGCACUGAUCCACCAUGCCGCAUACAAUCACAAAUCAAAUCAAAUCCAAAACACUUUUGGCGAUUUGUGAAUGAUCGAAGGAAACGGAGCGAUAUUCCAGCUAUCGUUGAGUAUAAUGAUGUGACAGCGAAUACCGACACAUCGAAAGCGGAAUUAUUCGCUGAUUUUUUCGAAAAUCAGUACACACGAAGCGACAUUAUCGACUUGGAUGAAUUGCUGGAUGAAUGUGGAGACGUAUCAUUUGACUUUGAAAUCACUGAAGCCGAUGUGUUAAAGGCAUUGCAAUCCAUUGACGCGAACAAAGGAGCCGGUCCAGAUGGAAUAUCACCGAAAGUGUUGAAGAACUGCGCACACUCAUUGUCGAAACCGUUAACAGCGCUAUUUAGUAGAUCAUUUCAACAAGGAUGUGUUCCAGAUGCAUUGAAAAAGUCCAGAAUUGUGCCAAUUUACAAGGCUGAUGAUCUGAAAUUGAUCCGCACUAUUCAUUCGCCCAUUGAUGCCAUCAUUUUUCGAAAAGCCAUUGAUCAAUUGAGCGACUGGUGUAACGAAAACAACCUGCAUUUGAAUCUGAAGAAGUGCUACGUAAUGACGUAUGCAAAGGGUGCAAACGUAGUCAACUACGACUAUACGAUCGACAACGGUCAUCAUACGUUUGAACGGACCAAAAUGCAAAAGGAUCUCGGCGUUAUUUUCGACACAAAACUAACAUUCACUGAUCACAUCGAUGCGAUUGCAGCCAGUGCACAUGCGGCAAUGGGUUUCAUCAAACGAACAUUAAAGAAUAA